UCGGGAAGGGGUAGAGGCUGGGUGUUGUGGGCAGUGACGGUUUAUGGUCAGUGUACGCCGAGAACAUGUAGUCGGUGGGUCCCUGGAAAUGGCGCAUGGCUCGUGACGUCACUAUUUUGUUUUCGACCUCAGUUGAAGUAAUUUGAACAGUCCUGAGCUGCAAAUAAACCUUUAAUGGACGCUGUUGAGUGAGUAACCAUGAUGGAUAAACAGAAAAGGGAGUCCCCGCCAUUCACAUCGCCAAGUGGCAGAAGUAAUGGGUUUAAAAUUCCAAAAAAGAAGCCUGAUGAUUGGUGUGAAGACUUUGAAACAAGUUCACCUUUAACUAGGCUCGCCAAGAGUGAUUUUGGAAAUGUCACUAUUCGGAAGAGACCAUUUGCUUCGUCUUAUGAAUCCUAUAAUGUGCCACGGAAUAAAGAGGCCCAUACGUACUAUUCAUCAUCAGGGUCCUACAAGUUUACAAGGACAGAACACAUUUUAAGUCUACAAAAGGAGGUAGAAAAGGAACCUGAAGCUAAAUCUUCUGAAAAAAGAGUGUCAUUGGAGCCCAAAGCAACAGAACAGGCCCAGAAACGCUUGAUGAGUAGUGUCUGCCAGGACGUCAGCAAUACAUCUGUUUCCACACAAAAAGAUCUUAACUUCGGGGUGAAGAAGAGCAGCACUGAAGAUAGAGGCGACAAUAAAAAUUCCCUGAAGAAUAAUAUUGGCUCCCCAAAUAUACGGGAGAAAACCUACUGCUACAAAAGAGCAGAGCACCAGAGCAAGAAGAGCCCACCGACAAAUGUAUCUGUGCCUUCUGCUAAAAAUAAACCUUCACCCUCUUCAUCAGAAUCUGCUACAGACCGUCUUCUGAAAUCAUCAGAAAGUAAUAUGGGAGACAGUGUCAGCCGGACUUCUAAGGAAAGUAAAAAGUCUUCACUUAAUAGCUCUUCACCGAGUCCACCAGUGAUCACCUCCUCCUCGAAUAGAAACCGGUUGAGCAGAAAAAAGAUGCAUCGGCAAAAUGCCAGUAAGGGAAGUCUGCCACUUGAGCCAAUUGUGGUGUCAAGUGAUGAGGAGGAGCGAGAACGUGAAGAACAUGUAAUAUUGGAGCAAACCCUGGCAGAAACAUCCGUUGAAAUGAAGGAAGACAAUGUGUGUGACAUUCAGUGUCCGUCUCCCUGUGAUGAUGUGGAGCCCAUGGAUUGUUCUGCCGCUGUAGUAGAUUGUCCAACAUCAGAGAAAUCAGUGCUGCUGUUAAAGUGUCUUAAUGUCUAUUAUGGUAAAAAGAAAGGAAAAGCAACUGGUUGCGCUAAGCUUACCCCAUCAUCUAUUGAAAUCCCCCUGAAAGUGCCUUUAGAGCAAAGUACAUGUAUUUCUUUGGAUACAAUGAAGUUACAGAAGUAUGGUCUGUGGCUGACGAGCGGUGAAGUUCCUGUUAGAUGCAGUGCCGUUAUUAUCUUAUGGAUUACCACCGAUUACGUACCUCACAUUGUCAAACAGAUGGGAGCUGUACCCAGAAACCCAGCCUCUAAAUCAAAUGAACUCAUCUUUCUGGAGUUGGUUGUACCUCUCACAGGCUCAGAGCAGUCUCUCAUGUGUAGGAUUAUGGAGGAAGCCAGUAAGAACGGGCUACCUACCCUUGCUGAUAUUCUAACCUGGAACGAGAUACAGUCCAUGCUGGCAGAUUUGUCUAAUGAAGACUGCUCUUUCAGAGCAAAUUGUGGCAUUGCCUUUAAAAUCCAACAGCAGCAAGAAUCAAGCAAUACCUUUUCUUCAGCAGACCCACCAGAGGAGUCAAAAGUAACAUCUUCCUACACCUUGCUACAGAGAUACAGAGAAGGCCGUCAUUCAGUGUCUAUGGUCCCAAGACAAGAUGACACCUUGAAGGAGGUAGACAAAGGAGGAACACUUAUUAGAUUACUGGUUUAUCCUCCUCCCCCAACUAAAGGAGGCCUUGCUGUAACUAAUGAAGAUUUGGAGUGUUUGGAACAUGGAGAAUUUCUUAAUGAUGUUAUUAUUGAUUUCUAUCUAAAGUACCUUCUACUGGAAAAGUAUCCAAAGAAUUUGGCAGAGAAAUGCCAUGUAUUUAGCAGCUUUUUCUUCAGAUGUUUAACAAGAAAGGAUAAUGUUACAAAUUACAGUAACCCAGAAAUACCUGCGGCACAGAGAAGACACUAUAGAGUUAAAAACUGGACCCGGCAUGUUGAUAUCUUUGCAAAGGAUUUUAUCUUUGUUCCCGUUAAUGAAAAUUCCCACUGGUAUCUCAUAGUGAUAUGUUUUCCUUGGCUGGAAAAAGCAGUUUAUGAAGACCAAAAAGAACCAAGUACCAUUCAAGAUUUUGAAAAUAAAAUUGGAUCUAAUAGUGGAUCUGUUAUUGUAUUCAAUGACCAUUUGUCAAAGAAAGAGGAAACUCUAGGAGAAGGAAGCAACAGCGAAUCUGAAGGUUCUACAGGCUCAGAAACCAGCUGCAAUCCCAAACAUUCUAAACAGAAAGACGAGCACCAUGGUAAACUCUGUAAAAGGCCAUGUCUACUCAUCUUCGAUUCUCUAAAAAUCGGAUCUGCACACACAACUGUACAGGUUUUACGGGAGUAUUUAAAAGCUGAGUGGGAUGUUAAACGCAAAACUCCAAGGGAAUUUAGCAGGUCAAGCAUGAGAGACUUAUAUCCUAAGGUCCCAAAACAGAAUAACAGCACAGACUGCGGCUUGUACGUCUUGCAAUACGUGGAAAGCUUUGCUCAGAAACCCAUUGAAAGCUUUGAUCCUCCAAUGCAUUUGGAGAACUGGUUUCCUGCGAGUGCAGUUAAGCAUAAAAGGGAUAAGAUUAGAGACUUGAUUCUACGGCUACAUAUGCAGCAAUCAAAGAAGAGCUAAGAAGACGGCCUCUGCCUUAUUCACGCACCUUGUGCUGCAGCAAUGGGAUACUUGUUUUCUGUACAUACAUGUAAAGACUUAAGGAGGACCUGUCACCACUCCUGGCAUGCAUUCCCCAUGUGAUAAUAAUUCUGGAACGUCUAUUCUUAUGUCUGUAUAUUGUGCCAUUCCUUUAUUAUUUGCACUGGAAG